GCUCCACAGAACUGCAUUGAUCCCUCUCUUUUGCCUACUAUACUCCAUCACCCUCCUCCAGUAUCUAUUCACUAUCCCAAGAUGAGAUUCACUAUUGCGACGAUUGCCCUGUUUGCUGGAGCUGUCAUGGCACACCCAGCCAACCUCGAAACAUCCCUCGAAACGCGUGAGAUGCGCACCGCCUGCUCUGGCCUCCUUCACGGCACUCCUCUCUGCUGCUCUACCAGUAUUCUUGGACUGGCCGUUCUAGACUGCUCUACGCCAAAGAGUGCCAGGAACGGCGAGGAUAUGAGGCGGAACUGCAACGGAAAGCAGCCCCAGUGCUGCACCCUGGGAAUCAGCGAAAUUGCCCUUCUUUGCCAGAGGCCCAUCGGAGCUUAAUACAACGCCAUGCGGCGCGGCAGUAAUGGUGGAAGCUACGGCUCGCAGUGUACUCUGUCUUUUCUUCUCUCAACCGAGUCCCUCGACUCGGAAUACACGAAAAUCUUUAGCUCGCUCUAUAGGAGAAAUGUCGGGAAUUUUGUCCUUGGUCUAGCACGACAUGUUACAGAUUGCACGCUUUGCGGGCGUCUUAAAAAUAGAAAAUCAUCUUCUA